CGCCACUGGAAGAAAAAGAUUGUCCUGGGAUGAGGGUAAAGGGCUGUGAAAGCCAAACACGGUCUGCAUCCAGAUUAGCAAAUGGGCGCUGGAGUCACGGACCCUCGAAUCCUGCCGGCUGAAGGGCUCUGCCCAGUCUUUAUUCAAGCAACCUCUACACACUAUUAGAAAUACUGCGCCCCUGUCAGCUUUUGUGUAAUUUGAACGUUUAGCUGGUGUGGCAACAGUGAAUCACAGUUGACUGUGUUCCCACAAGCAAGCUGUGCGUAUAUUUGCCUGGCGGUUUUUUCCACGCCGUGUCAACGAGCAGCUGAGCAUCUGCGAAGAAAGGAGAAUCUAUGGCACAGCAACGCAGGUGCUGCAGCUCAGGCUUCUGCCGAGGAGCCAACCUCCGAUUGACCCGAAGCACUCUCCAAGCAAUGGCAAUCUACCUCACGUGUUCAUUUUUAAUAACUGUUCUGCAAGACUCCUGCUAAAAAUGAUAAAUGAUAAUGACUUGCUGUCAAACCAUGUUUCAGGGUAGCAUCUGCUCACAAAGAACAUCAAAAUAAUUAGGCUAAACAGAAGCACAGCCAAAGUCAUUCCCUUGCUUAAAAGCAUCUUGUGAGCGUAGCGAAAAGAAGUGUCAAACUGGCAAAUUCCUUAGUAAAUGGUGACAGGGUAAGGAAUGGCACAGGGUAAGGAAUGGCACAGGGUAAGGAAUUUGACCCAGCUAACGUCUGUAACCCAGUGACUGUCAGAAAGGAGAGGAAUCAGAAGCUCCCCUAAAUGAAGCUCUUUCUUGACAGAAGGCGGCUAGCAGAAAUGACCGAAUUACAGAUAACGCUCUGGCUUCAGAUCCAGCCUUAAACCCAACGCAGUCACAGGUGACAAGCAAAGCCAUUUGGGCACAUUUUGUUCUUGGAACUGGUGAUGGUCCUGAUUCCUCAUUCCUGAUGGUCCUGGUUCCUCAUUCCUGACAAACCGGUAAAGCCUUGCUAAUCCCAGGGUGAAUGGCUACUUCACUCAAACAAGAAAACAAGAACAGAAGCAAAGCGGAUGACUUCCCAUUCUUCUGAUGGCAAAGCCAUGGCAUGUCCCCCAUGCCCUUGAAUACCCCCGGCUCCCCCCUGAAGGGUCGUACCAGGCGUGGCCGAGCAGUGGAGUGCUGCUCCUUCCCAACCAACCUUCCGGCAUGGUUGGGCCCUCAGCCUCCAAAGAUGCCACCAUCCUCAUACAGAGAAAAUUUUCUUCAGCAUUACAGAAUGAUGACCCACUGAAAGUCAGCUCGCCAAAAGCAAAGCAUCCAAAGAUAGCUGGCCUCCUUUGGGACAUAUCUGAGGCUAAAAGAAACCUUAAGGCACAGCCCUGCGGUGGCUCAUAAGUCACUUACCCCCUGCGAAGCCCCAGUAGGAAACAGUGACUUGGAGAUACACAAUUAUUUAUUUCAAGGUAGUUCCUAUGGAGACUAAGUUUGUCAGGAGCGGUAUUAGCUCUCAUUAGAGCACCCUCAUCUCACACGCUCUCCUUAUUCCUGUUCUGUUCAUUAUGUCUGUUCUGUCCAUUGGUGGUGGCCCAGAGGGAGCUCCCAAAACCAGACCUGCUGUACCCCUGCGCAGCAUGCCCGGUCUCGGGCACAGCCAGAGCUUGGCCCAGCACGGGGGUUGCUUUGCCAGGACUUGGUGGAGGGAAGGGGCAGAGCAAGCCCCUUUGGCAGCACCACCAGGACAUUGUUCCUGCAGAACAGCACUGGCACAGCAAGUGACUUGGUGACCCCUCAUUAUCUGGAGUAACAGAGUUGACUCAGGAGUUAGGAUCAAUCCAGUUUUCUUGUGGGUUGCAAGAGAGUCACAGAGAAAAACAUCUAAAUAAUUCAGAGACCAAAUACUCUUUCUUAAUAUAUAUUUUAUAUCACUCAGAAAUGUGUGUGUAAUACCAUGCCCCACAUGAAAUGGAAGGGCUUUCUUCACCAAAGAUCUUGGCACCUACUUUCAGAUAACAACCAGACGAGAAAAGUGCUAUGGAAGAAUACUACUGGGGCCAGAGAGGAAUUUGAUUAAUUCCAUGAAAUUAUAGGGUGACUUGGUAAAGACAUCAGCAUCAUGGAUGGAUGCAGUUACCUGCUGGGUCAGGGGGACACUCAUAUAAUGGAGCCCAGUUUCACCCCGGUUGCUGAGCGCAACCUGAAUUGUAAACAUGGCUUCGUGUGCGGGUCUGCCCUCUCCCUUUCCAGCCAUGGGGAAGUGCAGCCCCCAGGGAUAUCUCCAGAGAUUUAGCAAGAACAGGACUUUUACCGAGUUUUAGUAAGGCUCUUCACCUUCUUACGGAAUACAUGGGGCACCUGGCAAAGGGAUGCUACCAUCAGGCCUAAAUCAGGGUAGGAAUUCAGUUCCUCCGCUUUGAAGUGUGAUACCAGAUACAGAGAAAACAAAUUUAUUUGAAAAAAAACCCCACAGAGCUGGCAACAAAACAUGAAAAGAAAAACUGACAAUUCUUUUAAAUAUGUCUUUGGUACCUGGAACCUCGCAUUCUGUCAUUUUUUUCUGACUUAUUUAAACAUACUGUAAUUUUCCCAGUAGCUUAGAGUAAAGAAGACAGCUAAGGAGUAAUCAGUGGUGGUUUGUCAUUGAUUUCAAAGAUGCUAGGAUUAAUAAUCUAACAUUUAGGUAUAAACAUGUAAAUGAUACAUAGCACAUUGUCUGAUUGUGCUACGUCUAGGUAUAAGCACAAAAAGCUGCUGUUUCUGAAAAACGUAUUUCAAUCUUCAGUAAUACUAGCUGAUACACUAUUAAGAACAUAUUCAUUUUAACCUAAUAAUCAAGCCAGAUAUUUUACAGUAGAUUCACCUAUGAAUUAUUAGCAUCUAAACAUUUCUGCUAAUAAAUCAUGUAAUAAGAAAUGGAAAUAAAAAUUAACGCCCAUAACUAAUUGCAAAAAUGGUUUAAUGGAAUUAAAAAUUUCUACAAAAUGUUUUCUUUCAAUUUUCAGCUCCUGUAAUUAAUAAUCCGACUUUUCUAUUCAUAACAGGUAAGCUACACAUUACUCAGACCCUCUGUCACCUUAACUGAUUCCCCAACUUCGCUAUAGCGAAGAGGUGUUUAUCAGUACUAUGCUGAGAACAGUAAUGAAGUACUCAGUCAGUAACUCUGUUAACUUUUAGCUUAAGAAAUUUAAUACUAUUUUUUGUGCUGCGAACAGAAGUAGUACACAUCUGGUUAUCAUUUGCUGUCAUACGGCUUCAUGUAAUUAUCAUUUAUUGAUAAAGAGGUGAAAUGUUGCAUUAUUGGAGUAAUUUUAAGUGUUCAUUUGAAGUAAUACAAAUUUUCUCUAUAUGUAUAACUGCCUUCUCAGUCUGAAUAAAUACCGAUAGCCACAAUAGUCCUACAAUAUUAAAUCCACCACUGAACUUGAAUAAAUGAAAGAUGCGAAUUCUGUAACCAUCUGAUAGGCACAUAAUCCAAUCAGUAAAACAAUUCUGUAUUUUCGGGUGUCUAUUAAAAUUAAUACCUUUAGCACGUCACAGGACAGGGAUCCAAAUUUCCAGACAAAAUACUUGGUUAAUAGCGGGAGGCUGUCUCUUUUAUAGCGCUUGACCAAAUAAAGAAAGUAGCUCUUCUGCAUUGUAAAACAGUGGAAGAGACACGAGCAAUUAGCACAAGCAAAACAUUUUCAGUUGAUAAGUCAAUCUGGGCUGUUUUUUCUGCCCUGUCAGCAGUGUCUGAAAACAAAGGAGACACAGCAGCCCCAGGAGACAGCUUGUCUGCCCAACCGUUUUUCUGAGGGAUCUCUUAAUUUGUUUUAGAAAGCACAUAGCAAACCGUCUUAGGUGUCAAAAUUUAAUAUGCCACAUAGCACGCUGCAGCAACUGACACCGUGGGACGCGUGAAAGGCUAUACCAAAUCGGUGUCUUUUGGGAACAUACUUCUAUACUUUGCCUCCACCUCCCUGGUUAUCACAACAAUCCCUUAAAUAGGCAAUAAGGCCUGGUCUUGUCUCGAGUGAUUUGAUAAGCAGUUGAUAACCAAUGGUUUAUUAAGCUCUUGGGGUAUAUAAGCCACAAGGUUUUCAGCGUGCCCCUGCGCCUGGGGGGUUUGACAGCUCCCUGCUCAGCAGCCCAGGAGUCACUGGAAGAUGUUCUUGACUGCAAAAAUACUUGGUUUUGCUCUGAGUGGUUUCCUAAGUGUGGCAGCAGGCUUUGACAUUGGAUUAUCCACGAAAUGUGUGGUGAUACCCAAGGAGCUGGACAUGUGCCACAAGAUUGGGUACUCCGAAAUGAGGCUUCCCAACCUGAUGGGACACACAAGCAUGGGAGAAGUUAUCCUGAAAUCCACCACCUGGCAGCACCUUGCGCACACGGACUGUCACCCUCACCUGAGGACAUUCCUGUGCUCCCUGUUUGCGCCCGUCUGUUUAGAUACGUUUAUCCAUCCUUGUAGAAGCAUGUGUGUUGCCGUGCGUGACAGCUGUGCCCCCGUGCUCGCCUGCCACGGACACCCCUGGCCGCACAGUCUGGACUGUGAUCGAUUCCCGGCGGACGAGGACAUGUGCCUGGCAUCUCUUACCAAGGAGUAUAAACACUUGCACAAAGUCCUACCAAAGCCUGCCUGCCAGGCCUGCCCAGCAGUGGAGGAAUUCUUUACACACAAAAGAGUUCUUGAAGUUUUCUGUGCCAAUAACUUUGCAGUGAAAGUAAAGCUGUCCAAAAAGAGAGCAGUAUUUGGUGACCAAGAAUAUAACAUUGAAUGCCAAGUGGAAUUCAUUACCCAGGGCUCACUCCUGCCUUACGAAACUCAGAGUAUGAUACAACAGUGGUUGCUUAUCAAUGAAAACUGUACGCAGAGGAUGACGCUGACCCAUCGCCCCAUGGUGUAUCUCCUUGUGGGGAAUAUUGAAGAGGGUGUCAUUUUAGUAAACCAGGUUUAUCGUUGGCAGAGGAGGGACUCCCAGCUGGCUUUGGCCACUCAGAAGUGGAGAUACCAUAAAUGCUUGUAAAUAGCUAUCGUAUUAUUUGUAAAAAAGAUUAUUAGACUUCUCAUGCCAAACCUAUCUUGUAAAUAGGAAUGUACUAUAAGCGGAAUGUAAAGUCUUAAUUUCCUUUUAAAUUGUAUUAUAGGUUGAACUUAAACCCCAGUGUUA